UUUGGUUAGACUUCCCUACUCUAGUGUUUCAGGAAAUGGAAAUUCCAGUUAUAAAGAUGGAUGAGCUGCAUGGCAAGAAGAGGUCAGCUACACUUUCUCUUCUCCAUGAUGCCUGUGCACAAUGGGGAUUCUUUUGGCUCGAGAACCAUGGAGUCAAUGAUGAACUCAUGGACAAAAUAAAAUCAUUGGUGAAUAAACACUACGAGCAAGACAUUGAGAAGAACUUCUACAGUUCUGAGAUGGCAAAAACCCUUGGUUCUGACAAAGGUGCCUCAAAUGUUGACUGGGAGUGCAGUUGCAUGUAUCAUCAUCAGCCAGAAUCAAACAUUCAUGAUAUUCCUCAGCUGCUUCGUACUACACUUCCUGAAUAUGCUGAAGAAGUAGUCAAGUUGGCCGAGCGCCUAGCAGAAGUCAUGAGUGAAAAUCUUGGGCUGGACAAGGAUUACUUGAAGAAAGCAUUCUCUAAGCCUUCUGUAGGCAUAAAGGUCGCAAAAUAUCCCAGGUGUAAUCAUCCAGAGCUAGUAAUGGGACUCCGUGGGCACACUGAUGCCGGCGGUAUCAUACUUCUAUUUCAAGAUGACUUGGUCCCAGGUUUGGAGUUCAAGAAAGAUGGUAGAUGGAUCCCAAUACCACCAACAGAAGGCAAUAGAAUUUUUGUAAACCUUGGAGAUCAGAUUGAAGUGAUGAGCAAUGGAAUCUAUAAGAGCAUUUGCCAUCAGGUACUCCCCAAUAAGAAUGGAAGUCGCCUAUCUAUUGCGACAUUCUACAACCCAGGUGCAGAUGCUAUUAUCUUCCCAGCUCCAAAGCUUACGUAUCCCAGCCAAUACCGUUUCCAAGACUAUCUUAACUUCUACUCCACUAGCAAGUUCAGUGAUAAGGUAUCAAGGUUCGAAAUUACAAAGACGGUCUUCAAGUGACUCAGGUCAAAAGCCACUGAAUGUAUCAUUACCAAGAAGAAAUCAAGUGGCCCUGUAAAAACUCAAAACUAUGUAUUUGUGUAACUGUGUUGUCAGUCUUUAUUUUAAACUAGAUGAAUAAGCUGCUCAGUUUACCUGUAUCUUUGCUUUUAUGUAACUGAAAUGUAUAUAAGAUGGCUGGCAAACAACAACGGCACAAUGCCAUCAUGAUA